AUGCAACGAGCUAUGCAACGAGUUGCAGCGCAGCACGGUGCAAGUUGGACCCUCCCCCUAUUCCCCCUCCUGGCUCCUCUGUUCCCGUUCUCCAUACUUCCCUUCUCUCCCAGUGACAAUCGCUCCAGGCGCCGCCCUCAUGGAACCCUCAUGCAACGAGCGACAGUGCAACCCUUGUUCCCCCUCACCUCCUCCCUUCUCUCCCAGCGCUGGCCGGCAUGCAGCGAGCUGCAGUGUAGCAAGGUGCAGGUGGUGCCGUGGAGGCAGGGUGAGAGGCGCACUGCAAUGGAAAAGGGCGAAAGAGACAGGAGGGUCCAAGGGGGUGAUGGAGGGGAGGGGGGUUUGAGAAGCAGCGGGUGGGUGGCAGGUGAAGGGCCCGAGGAUGAAGAGGAGGAAGAUGGAGGGCGUGAGGAUGAGGAGCUGGCAGGCGCCAUGGCUGCUCUUGGCCUGUUAGUGCAGUUCAGCGGAGGGGCGCGGGCUGUGCAAUCAGCACAGGAAGUUAAGGUGAGUGGGGAAGGUAUGGCAAGUGGGGAAGGUAUGGCAAUUGGGGAAGGUAUGGCAAGUGGGGAAGGUAAGGUAAGUGGGGAAGGUAUGGCGAGUGGGAAAGGUAAGGUGCGUGGGGAUUCGGAGCUGGCAGGCGCCUUGGCUGCCCUUGGCCUACCAGUGCAGUUCUGUGGAGGGGCCUGGGCCGUGCCCCUGCAGCAGGGUGGUGGUGUUGGUGGUGGUGGCAGUGGUGGUUCUGGUGGGGCUCGUGGAGGGACGAAGAAGAGGCGGGGGAGAAGGAGGGGAGAUGGAGAGGCAACAGCAGAGUGCGUUACAGAUGCAGGGAUAGAGGGUGGUGCAGAGAGCAUGGCAGGGGUGGGUGCAGCGAUAGUAGUGGAGGGUGGUGCACAUGCAGCAAGGCAGGUUGCUGCUGAUGCAGUGAGAAGGGCUCUCACAGGGGCAGCGGCAGAGAUUGCUGGAGGAAUGACAGUGGUGGAGAGCGGUGUAGAGGCAGUGGGGGGGAACGGUGCAGAGGCAGUGGAGGGCGGCAUGAAGAGAACAGCAUGGGUUGCAGAAGUAGAGGAGAUGGGGCUGAUGCUGCCACGUCAUCAGGAGGCGGUGGUGCUGGCGCGUCGGCAGGAGAUAGCGGCGCCACUUGUGCAGAAGAUGGUGAUGCCACCGGAGGAGGAGGAAGGGAAGGGGCAAGUUGAGGCGAUGGGCAGGCAGGGAGGAGAACAGGAACCAAGAGGUAGCUUCCUGGACAAAGGGAGGUGUGGCGAUGGAAAACGCGAGCAGCGGUCUGAGCACGCAGCAGGCAUGAUGAGGGUUCCAGCAGGUGUGGCGGGUGCAGCAGGCGUGGUGAUUAACCUACCUGUGGCGAAAAGGGAGGGGGGGGCGUAUGAGAGUGAAGCAGGCAUGGUGUUGGAUGCGUUCUGCGGGGUGGGCGGCAACACCGUCCAUCUGGCCAAGCUCUGCCCCCACGUGCUGGCCAUUGACAUGAGCCUGCCUCGCCUCGCCAUGCUGCACCACAACCUCAGAUUCUACGGGCAGGCUGAUGUUGUCUUCCUGUCCCCCCCAUGGGGCGGCCCGGAGUAUCUCGACCAAUCAGAGUACGACAUCUGUAUCAUGCUGCAGCCAGCCAGCGC